CUAGAGGCCACGAUGGCACUGAUACAAAAGGGCGUUCAUAUCUGGUUACCGGAUAAAGACCCUCAGUCUAACUGUUCGGUACCGUUGGGUGCAGUGGUCAAAGAAAGAGAAGGUGAUAAAAUCCAAGUAUUAGUAGACAACGAGAAAGAGGAAAGAUGGUUAGAUGUGGAUUCAUCAAUCAAACUGAUGCAUUCAACAUCUGUAGAUGGAGUUGAGGACAUGAUCAGACUUGGCGAUAUGAAUGAAGGGGGAAUUCUCAGGAAUUUACUUAUGAGAUAUAAUGAAAACGAAAUUUAUACUUACACUGGUUCAAUCCUUGUGGCUGUCAAUCCUUAUCAAAUCCUUCCCUUGUAUGAGGCAGACCAGAUCCGGAUGUACACAAACAAACAAAUCGGAGAAUUGCCACCACAUAUAUUUGCAAUUGCAGACAAUGCUUACUUCAACAUGCAGAAGACCCAGAAAGACCAAUGUGUGAUUGUAAGUGGUGAAUCAGGAGCUGGCAAAACCGAGUCAACUAAGUUUAUACUUCAAUACCUGACUUCACGAUCUGGACAACAUUCCCAUAUUGAAGAACAACUAUUGAAAGCGAAUCCUGUGCUGGAAGCAUUUGGAAAUGCAAAGACUGUUCGCAAUGACAAUUCAAGUCGGUUCGGAAAAUUUAUCAAGAUCAAUUUUUCAAAAAAAGGAGUCAUCAUGGGAGCACAUAUUGAACAAUAUUUAGUCGAAAAAUCAAGAAUUGUCUACCAAGCUAAUGGAGAGAGAAACUACCAUAUUUUCUACUGUAUGUUGGCUGGAAUGAGUUCUGAGCAGAAACAAAAAUUUGGACUCGGAGAACCUUCAGAUUACCUAUACCUAACUCGGAUAAAGGGAUCAUGUCUAGAGUUUGAUGGAAGAGAUGACAAAUUAGAGUUUGAAAAUAUUGUCAGUGGAAUGAAGGAUCUUUCAAUAUCGGAGGAUGACAUCAAUCAAAUUUAUAAGUUGCUCGCAGCUAUAUUGCAUGUUGGGAAUUUCAAAUUUAAGAAAAAAGGGCUUGACAACGAAGACGAUGCCUGUGAACUUGUCCACAACACAGGAGUUGAAACAGCAAGUGAUUUACUAGGACUGAAUGAUGAAGACUUUGAAAAAGCUCUUACUCAACGGUUUUCCAAGAUGGGAAAAGAUACAGUUACAUUUAAUUUUAGCAUCUCGAAAGCACGAGAUGGUAAAGAUGCUCUUAUAAAAGGCUUGUACAGUCGGAUCUUUAUUUGGAUAGUCAACAAAAUUAACAAUGUCAUUCACAGUGGAGAAAAAGACAAGAGUAAACUUCUCUCCAUUGGAUUGCUAGAUAUUUUUGGAUUUGAAAAUUUCGAAAAAAACGGUUUUGAACAACUCUGCAUCAACUUCGCGAACGAGAAACUCCAACAAUUCUUCGUUCAUCACAUUUUUAAACUUGAACAAAAAGAAUACAAUAAAGAAAAAAUUAAGUGGAGACAAAUUGACUUCACUGAUAAUCAGGAGAUUCUUGAUAUGAUUGCAAUACAAAAAAUGAAUGUGUUGGCACUCAUCACAGAAGAAACAAGAUUCCCAAAUAGUACAGACCAAACUUUGCUGGACAAGCUUACCAGAAAGCAUGGUGAAAAUAGAAAUUUUUAUGAGCCGAAGUCACAGGUUGAUCAUACUUUUGGUAUCAGACAUUAUGCUGGAACUGUCAGAUAUAAUACUAAUGGAUUUCUCGAACGAAACCGGGACUCAUUCAAUGAUGAUAUGUUAUCUUUGAUCCAAUCUUCAACAAAUGAGUGUUUGAAGUCAGUGUUUCAAGGAGAACUGAAUGUUUCUGAUCGACAAAAAAACCAGACACUUUGUGUACAAUUCAAAAAAUCAUUGAAUGAUCUUGUCAGUGAUUUAGAAAAAUGCCAACCAUUCUUUGUCAGAUGCAUAAAGCCGAAUGAGUACAAAGAGUCAAAAAGUUUUGAUCGUCAGUUGAUUGCUCGUCAGCUGAGGUAUUCUGGCAUGAUGGAUACAAUUCGAAUACGAAGAGAUUGUUACCCAAUUAGAUACACUUUCGAGGAAUUUAUCAACAUGUAUCAAGUAAUUCUACGUUCUACUGUCACUGCAAAUGAUCGAAAAAAAAGGAUAGAAAUAUGCAAUAAGAUUAUGCUUGUAGCUGUAAACGACGAAGACUGGGAGAAUGGACUUGAUAAAAUAUUUUUGAAAGACAAACACAUCUUGUCAUUGGAAGCUGCUAGGAAAAAGGCUAUCACAAGGAAAAUCAUUGCUUUCCAAGGACGUUGUCGUGGUUUUGUCAUAAGAAGGCACUACAAAGGGCUAAUUGAACAAAGAAAAGAUGAGAAACUUCGUCGUGCAAGAGAACAGGAAGAACUAUUAAGAGCUAAGAAACAGGAAGCGGAUAGGAAAGAAAGAGAGAAGAGAAAAGCGACAGAUAAGGCGAUGGCCGAGAAUCAAAGGAAGAUUUAUUUGUCAGAGCUGCAAAAGAACCGGAAACAAUCACAGAGAGCGGACGACGAUGGUACUUUGGAACCAUCAGUUGGGGGUUCCGCUUCCACAGAAUCCGAGUACAAGAACAAAAAAAUACAAGAACCGACUGGGAAGGAACAACUAGAGAAACAACUACAGAAAGUUUCUCAAGCCAAGGACAUGAAGGAAACAAGAGCUUACUACCCAAUCAGUUACGCCCUUGAAGAGUUUGCUGAAAAGUAUGUAAAGAUAUUGCCUAUCCAGAUUGUGCAGGGCUGCAAAGAAAUGAUUGAAAUUUGUCAGAAGAUCAUGGACAAGGCUCUUGAUGGCAAAGACUGGCAGAUUGGAGAGAACAAAAUAUUUUUGAAAGAUGAGCAUGACAAGUUACUUGAAACUGCAAAAACAACAGCCAUCUUUCGAAAUACAUUGCAUGAACAAGGUCUUCUUGAUGGAAAAAAUGAAAAAACAGCUCAGGCUACUGAAACUUUCCUUGUUUGGAUUUCUAACAGUACAUGCGAGACUUUUGAAGUCGGAUCAGGCAUUCGAGCUAAAGAUUUUUGCAGCACUAUUGCAAAUCGUCACGCACUUAAAUCAGCAGAAGGCUUCAGUUUGUUUGUCCGAAUUGCUGGCAAUGAUGUUAGCGUUCCGGACGAUGACUGUUUUGUGGAAUUUGUGAGAGACAAAACUGAUAAUGAUUCAUCACGUUACCAAGUAAUCUUCAUGCGAAAGCUAUGGAAUGAUGUAGUACCUGGAGAAGAUCCAAUCGCUGAUGAAAAAUUCCAUUACCCUCAAGAAGUUUUGAACUUUCUACGAUCCUACCAUAAAUGCACCAAAGAAGAAGGAACACAACUUGCAGCUUUGAUAUACAGAAACAAAUAUGGAGAAGACCAACGCAAGUUUGCAAAAAUCCCUCAAUUACUGCAAACAGCUCAACUUCUUCCUAAAGAUUUGUUCAUCUCGUCUGGUGGUUGGUUAUCGGGAAUCAUGAACCAGUUUAAAAAGCACAGCGGAAUGAGCAAAAACGAUGCCAGGAUAUCAUUUUUGAAGAUUGUUUCUCGUUGGCCAACUUUUGGAUCUUCGUUCUUUGAAGUAAAGCAAACCACUGGUCGGGCUUAUCCAGAAAAUUUACUGAUUGCGAUCAAUAAUAAAGGAGUCAGCUUAAUCGACAAAAUAUCUAAAAAUAUACUAAGAACGUUUCCUUUCUCUGACAUCAAAAACAGGGGAAAUGAAAAUGGGUGUUUCAGCAUAACGGUUGAACAUGAAGUGGGAGAGGAAAAUUUUCUUUUCGAAACAAAUAUGGGUGACGCAAUUAGUGACCUUUUGAGCUCUUACAGCAUGCUUGAGAAGUAUGAGGACACAAGAUUGUAAAGUUUAAAGGUCACAAUAAUGAAUAAUAACUGACAUGAAAAUUGACUGUACAAUCUUAAUUAACUAUUCAAUUUAUAUGUCAUGUUGAUGAUCAAUAAUUAAAUUUUUAUAUUCUGGUAAUUACCGUACUUUCAUGUAUAAGAAUAAAGAAUAAAUUUUAUUUGAGUUUCAAAUUUUUAUUCGGUACUCUGGAAGUAUGUGAACCAAGAUGGUGGACACCGGAACAUAGUAUGUGUACCA